GCUUACAACAUGGAAAAAUCCCCCGAAAAAUCCCAAACAGCCCCAAAAAAGAAAUAUCCUUUAGACUUUGGCAAGCUGACGCUUGGCUCUCUCAGAAGAUAUCAGGCUAAAUUUAAGCUAGAAGGGGACCUAAAGGACAAGGACAGGCUAAUAGAGGCAGUCUCAGAGCACUUCUUCAACACAAAGAUGGACUGCAACAGAGUCAUCAGAAAGUUCCUCCAAAUCAAGAAGGAUGAGAGACAGGAUGACUCCCAUUACUUGAGGAAAUCAGUCAGGAAUAAAGAGAAAUUGGAAAGAAAUCAACAAGCAAGGAAUGAGAAAUACAAUAUUUAUGUAGCAAGUAAGCCUAAACCUACUUUACAAUAA